AUGUCAAGCUACAAGAUAUCGAAGCCCCCGGGUUACAAAGAUGUAAACUCAGACGGAGACAGCAUGACUCCACCAGCUUCUCCUACCACGGAUCCAACCAAUUCACUGAAGAACGACAAUAAGGGAAACCAAUCAUCAGCCAAGGACGACGUCGACGGCGGUGGCGAGAACGACGACGAGAGGAAGAUACAGCGCGCCGAACGCGGUGACGUCGGUAUCGUGAAUGGGAUAUUAAAUGAUGGCAAGGAAGACAAGAUCAACAACCAGUUAAUCCUCCCGGUGGAUGAUGUCGUAACCGAUGGGGCGGGGGAGAAGAACUCGCUACCGGUGGAGCGAAAGAAGGGCGUGGUCGAGAAAGGGGUGCAAGAAAGGAAGGGUGUGGUCAUGAAGGAUGCGAUGGAUGGUGGAGCUCAGUGUAACAAAGGAGGUGUGGAAGAGAAUGGGGCACCACCCGUCGAGUCCCAGGGGCACCUGGAUCAAAGAAAAGAGAAGGCGAUGACCACGACGCACCGAGAUGUCAGCGAGGAGAACGUAUACGGGCUCAUCGACGACAUCGAAGAAGCUAUAACAUUGGUGUCGAAAGAAGAAGGCGGGGCCACUGGUCGACUGGUAGAAAAUGUGAAGGCUAUUCUUCCUCUCGUGUUGUACAUGCUCAAUGAAGUGACCACACUUCGGGGCACGUUGAAUGGCUUCAUCCUCGAGAAGAGGAGCCUUCAGAAGGAGGUCCGUCAGUUGAAGAAAGAGAUUGAAGAAAGGGAUGCUAAAGAUGCUACUAUUGGUACCACCUCAACUGUCUCGUCAAGCGUAAAUCCGAUUCUGGAUGGCAAAGGUACAGAUGGCUCUGUGACGACCGAUCAGACUCAGAAACAAGCUCCUGGCGAGGAUGAUCGGAUGAAGAAAGAAUUGAAGAAAAUUCGGAGCCAAAAUAAAGAGCUUCAGCGCGUGAACCAUUCCUGGGAGAAGUACGGCCAGAAUCUAUCCGCCAAGCACCAGAUCGAACUGAAGAAGAAAUCUGCCCAACUGGCUGCUUCGGACGAACGUCGUAAGGAUCUCGAGAAACGAUUGGAUGAGAAGUUCAAAGAAUACGACCAGACGCUUAUUCAUGUCAGGCAAUCUGAGGGACAGCAGAAGGCUGCUGCUGAGCAGUACAAGAAAGACCGGGAUGCCCUCGGAAAGAAAUAUGGCGACUUGACAACCAAACUGCGUGAAUGGAUCAAGGAGAAAGAGGAUAAAGACAAUGAAAUCAAGCGACUCAACAAGGUUGUGGAACGACAGGCCGCACAGAAACCAAUUUACGCCAAUGCGUAUGCCGAAGAAGAAUUGGGAUGCACUGGUCACACCAAAGCCGCCAGGAAGUUUCCCCGGGAGGUGGUAAACGUUACGGCCGCUACCCUCUACCCGAAUCUGGAUGACGAUGUGGUGGUGGUGAUCGGGAAGGAAAAACAGGUGAGAGAGUCGACGUCACCGCGUCCGAGAUCGCCCCGCUCACCGCCCCGGUCACCCCCGGCAGAACCCCAACGCAACCCCAUGACUUUAGGAAAGGAGGAACUCAAGGGCCAGAUGGAACUCUAUCGUCAACAGAUUGAUAUUUUCCGGACUGAUUUCAUCCAAGAAAGGCGUGAUCGAGAGAAGGCAGCCGGACAGGUCGAUACGUUGAAGAAAGAGCUGGAAAAAACCAAGAAGAAGCUGGAAGAAAUGCAAAAGAACCGAUUGGAGCAUGAUUUGUACGGACUCGGCCAAGACUUCGUGCCGAGAAGGCCACGUGAGGAAACACAGAAGGUGCGAGGAGGAAGAAACUUAGGCUAUGGGAGACAGUAUGCCUACCAGCAGCAGUACGUGGAUCUAGAGGACAACCACGUAUACUCUGUGAUCGAUAACUAGCGAGUGAAAACACCGCGUAGCAGAGUCUCCAACCCCUUCAAAGUAGUGAUCGACCACUCUUUCCCUUUCGAGUACGCACACGGCCAGGGAUAUGGGGGCGACCAUGCAGCGCGCCGGGAAAGUUCCAGAGCCACGCUUCAUCUCCUAUUGGAAAAGGGCUUUGUAGAAACCCUCAUUACGGCACUGUCGCCGUUGGCCUUGUGUAGUUUAUGUUCCAACUUACAUGGUGUUCGUAGAUACGAACCGAAUGAGUUGCGCCAAACGUACGAUUUUCGACGAUGUUUCAAGGCAGAACGCCAUUGUUCACUUAUUACGAUAUUAAUGACCUUACGAGAAUUCCGAUAUAGUAUAUUUAAACAUACGUUGUUAUGACAUAAACACACAAAUAACAUCCCCAUUAUAUCCUAAGUCAUUCUAUCAAUGCUUACGAAUGUAGAAGUAACAUAAAUCCUAGCAAGAGAACUAGGAAUAUUUAUCCUAAAUGUUAUUCGACAUAACUCUUAUUUAACGAGAAAGUAAACGCUAUAUUGAACGCGUGACGUGAUAUUAAUAUAUUUGUAUCUACAAACAUUUGCAUAAGGUGUCAGAAAACUAUGUUCAUCGCCUUUCCUGUAUCUUUAUGAUCUAGUUUGAUUUCAUCAUCAUUGUAAUAUUUAACGAUAUACAGGUAGUAUUAUGAUAUAAAUUUAUAUUUUCUUCUCGCUCCAAUCAGAUCUAUUUUUCUUGUGGGAUCUCUUUGCUGUAUAUGUCAAUAAUGGGAGUACCCCUUUCUUCCAAAUCGUAGAAAUGCAAAGCAUAUCGACAACGACUUUAAAAAGGGCUGUAUAAGUUACAAAAAACAUACAUAAGUUAUACAUAUUAUUAAGACGAUGUUUGAAUAUUCAAUAUAGCAUAUAUAUUCAUUAAACAAACAAACAAACAAACAAACAUAAGUUAUACAUAUAUAUAUUAAGAAGGUGUUCGGAUCUUUAGUUUUGUCGGGAUAAUCAUUGGCCUUCGGGCAAUGAUCUUUUAAUACUUAAUAUUUGG